GGUUCCGGGCGAAGGGGGCGUGUCGUUGCUAUGCCGUCGUGCUGCGCGCUGAGGGCCGGUUCUGGUAUGUCCGCGCCAGGCCUCGGGCUAUGGGGCGUGCGGGCGGAGCCGGACUCGGCGGGGACCGGCCGGGGUCAGCAGUGGACGGGGCUGCAGACAUGUUUAUAUUUUGAGACUGGUGAUGAAAGAAUAUUGAUUAUUGCAUCGGAGCCAAGGUGAUUCCUGUACCACUCACUGUUGUGCUACUGAAGACAUUAAAGAGUUCUUUAUUGUACAAGUGCAGGAACAACAGAUCGCAUUACUAGAAAUCCCAGAGCACUCUGAUAUCACGCAAGUUUACCUUCAUGCAAGCUGCCUGGUCAGCACUACACAGAGAAGCCUGACUUCAAGCAAGGCUGAGGCUUUCCUCAGUGUGGCUCAGCGAAAGCUCCUGUGAGGAAAUGGGAACAAAAAUACUUAACUUCGUAAAGGAGCUAGAUGCCAUGAAUAAAAACAGACUUGCUUUGCACAGCGAGACAUAGACUUCAUUCAAGAAGCAGUGAGACCUAUUCAGUGGAUGUCCAGUUUGCUGCAACUGUUUGAACUCAUCCCCACCUGCAGCAGAUGUUCUGAUGUACCAGCUCUGAGGCCUGGUCUACACUACAGAGUUUGUUUGUUUGCAAGGCAGCUUAUGUCGACCUAAUUCUGUAAGCAUCUACACUAAAAUGUUGCUCCUGCCGAUGUAACUUGCCCUCUCCGUCGACUUAGUAACUCCACCUGCACGAGAGACAUAGUGCUUAGGUCAACAUAGUUUGGUUGACCCAAUCAGUGACACUGCGUUACUUAUGUCUACUUUAGUGGCUUCCAGGAGGUGUCAUACGAUGCCCUAUCAUAACUGCUCUGGUCACCUUUUAGAACUCUGCUGCCUGGCAGUCAGGUAUGCAUGUACAUGGCCCUCCCUCUUUAAAGCCCUGCCAAUUUUAAAUUUUAUUUCAUGUUUGGUUGGUAUGGAGAGCUCACAUAGCAACUGCCCAGCUGACCAUGCUGUCUCCACGCAGCAAAGGUGCUCUUGCCAGGAGUACACAGCAGGUGGUGGAUCUCCUUGGUCUGUGGGGAGAAGAGGCUGUGCAGGCACAGCUCUGAUCCAUCCGUAGAAACAUUGACAUCCAUGGCCAGAUCGCUUGGGGCAUGGUGGAGAAGGGCUACAACAGGCACAUGCAGCAGUGCCAUGUAAAAAUCAAGGAGUUGCUGCAGCUGUACCAGAAGGCAAGGGAGGCAAACUGUCACUAUGGUGUGGAACUGCAGACAGGCUCCUUCUACAAGGAGCUGCAAGCCUUCCUUGGAAGAGACACCACCACCACAAGCCCUGUGGAUACUUCGGGGAGCUGGAAUCAGUGGCCCCUGCAGUGCAUACUGAGGAGGAGGUGAUGGACUUGGAGGAGGAGGAGGAGUUUUGGAGGACAGGUGGCUGGGGGAAUGCAGUGGUGCAGUGAGCCAGGAUCUCUUUCUGACUGCCAGAGCAGUCGAGUGAGUCCCUACUGUCCAGCACCGGUGAGCCUGAUGCAGGGGAUGGAACUCUGGAUUUAGGUGAUAAGAUAGCUAUUAAAUCUUGCCGACUGGAACUAAGCAUGAAAAACAAAGACCGGUGGUGCCAUGAAAUCCAGAUCAUGAAGAAGUUAAACAACCCCUAUGUAGUAAAGGCCUGUGAUGUUCCAGAAGAGAUGAACUUCCUAGUUAAUGAUGUCCCUCUUCUUGCAAUGGAGUACUGUUCAGGAGGUGAUCUCAGGAAGUUGUUAAACAAACCAGAAAAUUGCUGUGGACUUAAGGAAAGUCAAAUACUUUCUCUGCUUUGCGACAUUGGGUCUGGUAUCCAGUAUUUGCAUGAAAACAGAAUUAUACACAGAGAUCUAAAGCCUGAAAAUAUUGUUCUCCAGGAUGAUGGUGGAAAGAUAAUUCACAAAAUAAUAGAUUUGGGAUAUGCCAAGGAUCUGGAUCAGGGAAGCUUAUGUACAUCAUUUGUUGGGACCUUACAAUAUUUGGCCCCAGAACUCUUUGAGAGUAAGUCCUACACUGUUACUGUAGAUUAUUGGAGCUUUGGAACAAUGGUGUUUGAGUGUAUUGCAGGAUUUAGACCCUUUUUACACAAUCUACAGCCAUUUACCUGGCAUGAAAAAAUCAAGAAAAAGGAUCCAAAGCACAUCUUUGCUUUUGAAGAGAUGACUGGGGAGGUUCGAUUUAGUACCCAUUUGCCACAGCCUAACAGUCUUUGUAGUAUAAUUGUAGAACCAGUGGAGAGUUGGUUACAACUGAUGCUGAAUUGGGAUCCACAACAGAGGGGUGGAGGUAUAGACACAGAAACCAAUCGACCGAGAUGUUUCCUGUUAAUGGAUUAUAUACUGAAUUUGAAGAUAGUACACAUCCUAAAUAUGACUUCUGCCAAGAUUGUUUCUUUUCUCUUGCAUCCUGAGGAAAGUCUUCAUUCACUUCAGUCUCGUAUUGAGCUUGAUACUGGAAUAAGUACUGGAAAUCAAGAGUUGCUUUUGGAGAUGGGAAUUUCCCUGGACCCUCGGAAACCUGCUUCCCAAUGUGUUAUUGAUGGUGUGAGAGGCUGGGACAGUUACAUGGUUUAUUUGUUCGAUAAAAGCAAAACUGUGUAUGAAGGACCCUUUGCUUCCAGAAGUCUGUCUGACUGUGUAAAUUACAUUGUACAGGACAGCAAAAUUCAGUUGCCAAUUUCACAGCUGCGUAAAGUUUGGGCAGAAGCCGUGCACUAUGUGACUGGGCUAAAAGAAGAUUACAGCCGGCUAUUCCAAGGGCAGAGAGCUGCAAUGUUGAGUCUUCUUCGAUAUAAUGCCAACUUAACCAAGAUGAAAAACAAUAUGGUGUCCGCAUCUCAGCAACUGAAAGCAAAGCUGGAAUUCUUUCAUCAGAGUAUUCAUCUUGAUCUGGAGAGAUACAGUGACCAGAUGGCUUAUGGAAUAUCCUCAGAAAAGAUGCUCAAAGCCUGGAAGGAAAUGGAAGUAAAGGCCAUCCAGUGUGCUGAGGCUGGAGAUAUUGGAUACCUAGACGAACAGAUUAUGGCUCUGCACACAGAGAUUGUGGAACUGCAGAGGAGUCCAUAUGCAAGGCGCCAGGGAGAUGUCAUGGAGAGUCUUGAACAAAAAGCCAUAGAACUAUACAAGCAAUUAAAACCAAGACCUCCAGAUCACGCCUACAGUGACAGCACUGACAUGGUGAAGAUUAUUGUGCAGACUGUACAGAGCCAGGAUCGAGUUCUCAAGGAGCUCUUUGGACAUCUUAGCAAGCUGUUAGGCUGUAAACAGAAGAUUAUUGAUUUACUUCCAAAGAUUGAAGUGGCUCUGAAUAACAUUAAGGAGGCUGACAGUUCGGUGAUGCAGAUGCAGGGAAAAAGACAGAGGGAAAUCUGGCAUUUGCUGAAAAUUGCUUGUACUCAGAGUUCUGCUCGAUCUCUUGUGAGUUCCAGCAUCGAAAGUGCAGCCACCUCUUCAACUGCUGCAUGGCUCCCUCCAAACUCCUCUGGCAACAUACCCCAUCCCCUCUCUUCUAUGACAGCUCCUAGAGAUGGGGAAGUUUUUGCCCGUGUGAUAGAAGAGAAUCUGAACUAUCUGGACCGCUUUAGCACUAUCAUUCAAGAGGCAAAACAGGAGCAGAACAGCAGCAUGAUGAAUCUUGAUUGGAGUUGGCUGAAAUAAUUAAGGAAGACAAGCGGGCAUUGUUGCCAUCCCCAAUGUGUCCAUGUGCUCAAGGUUGGCUGACAGUCUGCAAUGAGAUGAAACAGUAUCAACGUUAUGGUGUUGAUUCCACACUCUGCUGAUUCAGGACUGAAUAAUCUUCUCUCCCACUGCAUCCGGAUGACAGUUCUGCAAGAGGCAUUUUGUGUUUUGUAGAUGUUAGCGGACUUGAUUAUAAAGUACAUGGGCAGCAACAGAGACCCUGCCUUGUAUGUUUUGCUGCUAGAGGCAAAUGUUUUCCAACCUGCUGCCUCAUGUCAGGGCUUUUAAAUCCAUAUUGAGCUACCUAAAGAAGUAGCCUGAUUUUCAGAGAUGCUGAGUGAUCCUGGCUCCCACUACAUCCCUGAGCACUGCAGAUGCUCAGCACAUUUGAAAAUUACACCCUUUAUAUUUAGAAGCUUUUUAGGCACCUGGGUUGGGUUUGAAAAUGUUUGCGAUGGCCAGUCUUUCUAGCACUAUGACCUGUUCAUGCAGUCAGUGCUUGGAAGGCAGCUGUUGCUCUGACUGAUGAGCUGAGAUCAGGGCACUAUUUGAGAUGUUCUGUCUAUGGAGAACCUUUCGCGGAAGGAAGUACUCUGCCUCAGCAUUUGUUGUUAAUUUGUUUGGUGUUACAGCAGCUGUGAGCUCUAGGGGAAGCAGAGGGAGCAGGUACCAGGGAGGUGUUCUCCCUACUCAGAAGAAAUGAGGAGAAGGCAGAGAGUAUCUUCUAGGUGCAGACAGAUCUCUGCUUUAAGUGGACAAGAUGCACAGUACAGGCUAUAGCAGUAUCUGCAGUGUCCUGCUGGGGUGCUGGGCUACUGCACCUUCUUCUUCUGGGGCAGGCAUCUCAUAUUCACAAUCCCUGUAACAUUUUGUUUUCUGUUGCAAAAUGUCAUAUUACUUAUGUUAUCUUGCACCCCAGCCUCCCAGAAUCCCAGCCAUCUGAGCCUUGAUCUGGGAAAUGCAAUUUCUGAUGGAUGAAAGAAAAACACUACAGCCAUGGCUUUCCACCUGUGCUGUGCAUUCUUGUCCACUGAGAAGCAGUUUUGACAGAUGUUUUUUACUGAUCAGGAAAUGCUCCCCAAUUCCAAACAGACAGAAUUUUAUAUCCACUGGCUACUUAAAAUAUUUAAGAAUUCUAUUUGUUAAUUUGUGAUAAAUAUUAUAUUAUGUAGAACCUCUUUGUGAUUCUUAUUCUGUUCCAGAUUUGUGUCAUUUUAAAGAUGCUACCCUCAAAUGGUCUGACUUGCCAAUGUUCUGUUUGGGCAGGAUGGAGGAGGGAAAAGGUAACAGGCUACCUCGACUUCAGUUUAUGGCAAGAUUUUCAAAAAUGGCUAGUGAUUUUGGAUGUGUAACCCAACCUCUUUAACAGAGGGCAGGGGCUCAGCACUUUCUGAAAAUCACACCCUUUUAUGAUGUCUUAAGUUGGGCACUUGAAAGCAUCAGCUGUUUUUGAAAAUCUUGAUCCAUGCUUGUCUCUCUCCAUUACUGUCCACAUAAGGCUGAAUUACUCUAAAACCAAAACAUUUCAAAACCAGGUAGCUAUGAAGCAACAAGUUCGCAUCACCUACCAAAUCCAAGUACUGAAUAGCAAGAAAUAAAAAGUGAAGGAAAUUGUAAAUUUCAUAACACCCACAAAAUAACCAGCAAUACAUACACUAAGUGGGCCUCUGUUCCCUUGCCUCCUUGUGCAAUCAUUUACAUCUGUGCAAAGUGGGUGUACGAGUGACCAAGGAGAGAAGGCAACGGAGAAUUGAACCCACUAGUAAACGAAGUACAAAAAGACAUAUUUCAUCCCAAAACAGCAAAUUGAUUUCUGAUCAAUUAGAUUAAAAUAUAUUUUAAUUCGA